UUUGUUUUUGAAGUGUUUACUAUAUUUUGGAAGUUCAAAAUAAUAUUUCUCAAGAGGAAUAAAGUCUCUACUAAGUACUUACCAUGACUUCCGAAGACGGUAGAUUGGUUGGAAAAAUUGCUUUUUGUUCAGUUCUGUGUGCUGGAUUUGCUUAUGCAGGUUAUAACGUUGUGUCAAAAAUGUGCUACAAAAAGUCUCGUAGAAAAGAAAAUAGCUUUUCUCAGACAAUGAUAGAAGCAAAUGUUGCAACCUUGAGCACAAAUAAGGCAACACAGACAGAUGGUUUGUCAAAGAGUAAAUAUGAGCUUGAAGACAGAUGUAUUUCUCCUAUCAGUGUUAAAGAAAGAGUGAAUGAUUUAAACAUGCUUACUGAUCGACUAAGAAAAAACAGUAUUCCUAUUUCGCCUGAAGUUAAACCUCACAGUUUUCAUGGCAGUCCUUGGAGCUCACCAUUAGGAUGUUCUAAGUACUUAAGUGUAUCCGCUGAAAAUAUCAGUACACGAACCAGUCCUUUACCUGAGUACAAGGAUAAAAGUCCACUGACAUCUUCUCAAGGUGCUCUUCAUGUGGAUAUACAAUCAAAAUUAUCAAAACUUCAUAUUUCAGAGCAGAUGAUACCUUUAAGAGAGGAUGCCAUAACGCUGAAGUCUUUAAAUAAUUUACAGAAAAUACCAUCAAAAAUGACAUCAUUUGAGGUAAAAAAUCUUGUAUUUCUUCUGCAGUCUGGAAAUGAAGAUAUAUUAUUAAAAACUCUGUAUACUGUUUCAAAUUGUGCUGCUUUUACCAGAAACCAGUUUCCAACCAGAAUAUAA